CCAUGAUCCGAGUGAUCUUGAUGCGGAUCAUCCCAAAGGAACGCACCCCAAGACCGUUCUGGAUUCUGGAUUCCACAAGUAAACUUUCCCGGAUUCCCUAUUUCACAAACAAAAAUUUUCCAAAUUCCGGAAUCCGGACUCCCUUGCAUAGGGUGAGCCGAGAGUUUCUACGGCUGCUUAUGAUAUUACCAGCGGAGUUCCAAGAAGCCUCCCCGUAGCUAACAGUAUACUAGUGCGGACGUAGACAUUGAAAAUGAGCCGUGGACAAGAUGCCGUUGUUCAUAUCCGAGAAGAGCGUGCAGUUGUUGGAGGCGUUCAAGUUGCAAAGAAGACGGUGAUAGCUGCCACGGAUGGAGGGUGAGAUGCGAUGCCACCUGAAUUCUUUAAUUUACAUUGCAAAACGCGAUCGACAGCACAGUAAAUACCGAAGUUGAAGGGGCAAAUCGAAACGUUCUGAAUGUUUAAGAACUGAAUCAGAAAGAAUACUUCUUUUAGAGAAUACUAAGCAAGUAUUGUGUUGUUAAGUACAAGUGCUUAAUAGUCGCCAGAGAGAAAGAAGCUGCAGGGACAAUACUGUAAGACUUGCAGCAAAUACAUUCAUAAAUCUCCGCGAUAUGGGAAGUAUUGGACCAAAUGCGGAAGUAAUAUAUUGCGUUUCGAUACGUUCUCGUCUGACUGAAUGUAUAACUAAUCACUAAAUUUUUAAUGCUUAUAACUAAUUAGUCGAUCUUCAUAUUUUGGAGAGGAUAAAUGAGCGGAAUUAAAAUUCAUUUCCGUUAUUUAGCCAGUGCCGAUUGUACGACCGCCUCUAGCCCUUCCGAGAAAAAUGGUCUGUCGAAAGGCAUUCGUAUGAUACUGAAAGUGUAACUAAUCACUAAAUUUGUAAUGCUUAUAACUAAUUAGUCGAUCUUCAUAUUUUGGAAAGGAUAAAUGAGCGGAAUUAAAAUUCAUUUCCGUUAUUUAGUCAGUGCCGAUUGUACGACCGCCUCUAGCGCUUCCGAGAAAAAUGGUCUGUCGAAAGGCAUUCGUAUGAUAAAUAAAACUGUUUAUAUACGUUCGGAACCGUGAAAACUAACUGCGUGUUUAAGAACGACACACAGUUUUUUGAAUUGAAAAUCAAAAUAAACAAUCAUGUUGUGGCAGUGUUUAACCUCGACACAUUCCUUACACGGAAUAGGGAGCUUUCACUUUCGAUAUCAUAUCUGUUCCACAUCGUUACCUUUGCCCGGAAUCAUUGGCAAAGGAAACAAAAAGCACUUUAUUUGAGUGUCAAUGAAUUCAGCACGAAAGUACCAAUUGGGGACACUAUUUUUACGUCUCCAACUGGAGACGGGACAGUCAUUUUACGCGGUCAUCCCAGCCACACGAAGGUCUAGUCGCUUGCAGUGCAAAGGGAGUACCUUCAUUUCUCAGUUAUUUUAAGACCCUGAGUUUUGGUCCGGCCCCGGACCUACCGCUCUGCAGUAACACGCUCUACUGACUGAGCUAACACUGCCGCGGUUAAAAACUUUCUUUAAAACAAUAAGGUUUCUGGUAAUGUUCAAGAAUCAUUGAGAUGGUCAUUAAAUGAGGAACGAAAUCCUCUUUGCUGUACAACAAAUCGAAAGAAAAAUACACGAGGUGAUUAAGACAAUGAAUCAACUUGUUUCAAGAGAGUUUUCCAAGUGAAAGUUUAGUGACCGGAGUCAGUGGAGUAAACCUUAACGGCGAGCACCGUGCUAUUGAUUGUAGAAAAGAGAAGACUCAUCGCAAGAAAGAAAAGAUUAACUUACUCACUUUUAUCAUGGAUCAGGCUCUUUCUCAGGGGUCGACCCUCAAUUCUUUGUCAUGCAGUAUUUUCAAUUUCCUCUUCUUUAACAGCCGGCAGGCUAUAGGAGCACAUGAACUGCCAGGUAUAUUUUCUUGCCUUUUCCUUUUGGGAUCCUCUUGUUUUGAUUCUAAAGAUUUGGGUGCCUGUUCAAAGUCAGCAUCUUUCAUAUUCAUAAAUCCGUUCUGUUCUUAAACUACCUGUUCAAAACUGGUCAUCAAUUAAAGAACGUCAGGAGGAGGGUUCAUGCGGCCUCCACUGUUGUCCUUCUUUCGAACAGUAAUAAUUACAUCGCUGAUGUAAGCGACCAACUCCGAUCCUUCGGGAGAAUUUCUUCUCGUAUCAAAAGGCUUGACUCGUUCUGUUGCGUUUUCUUCUUUGUUGCUGUUGUUAUUGUUCAGCUAUCGCUUUUUAUGUCUCUCAAUAACGUCUUUUUGUCUGCAAACCUCAAGCCAUGAUUCUGCAGAACUGGUGUUGUAAACGUUCGCUUGGCAAACCGCGGAACCCCGAAAGGCGGGAAAACUGAUAGGCCAUUUCCGAGUUCCCCCGGACCUCUGUACCAAGACGAGGUUAGGUGCUCAGCCUUAUGGGAAUGAUUUUCAUUCUCAUGCGAAAUAAAACUCAUUUUCACGAGAGAGGCUGUGUACUUGGUCUCAUUUUGAAAGUGAGGGGUUUUCAAUUUAACUCGGAAGUGGACUAAACGAUUUUUUUUUUCAAUGGUUUUCGUAUGCGGCCUGUGAUUGGUGAUACGAUUUAUACUUUUCACUAAUAAGAAAAUUGCUUGACCAAUACAAUCAAAUUGUUUCUAAUUUAACAAACCAUUUUUAGUUGACAUCAUUGUUUGGAGUAAAUCUCAGUUACUCAUAUAUUUGAAAAGGUAAACAUGCAUUAUUUUUUUCUCCAUUGUUAAUAGUUUUCUGGCUUAUCAGGUGAGCUCCGUUCAAGCAGCUGGAAGGUAAUAUUAUAAAUUUUUUGAUAAAGCAAAUUAAUAUUUACAUCAACUGCCGGCAUAGCAAGCGCAAGAAAAACAUAUAAUUUAAAUACCCACUGCUAUACAGGCUAAUAUUCAUAAUUUUAUAAAUGUGUUAAUCAAAGCUGAUAGGAUUCGAUUCUUGUUAUUUUUGCCACAGAAAGAAACUGUCCCGAAGUUAUUGGUAACCGUAGACUGUUUCUGAGUCGACAUAUUAGUAAAUAAUACGUGAAAAAUCUUUAGGGUGAACACAACUCUCAAAAACAACUCGACAGUUGGCUUUACGUGCCCAAGACCAUGGGUAAAUUCUCCAUGGUAUUAAGGAAGCGAGUGCUUUGAUAUGACUUAGGAUCUAUAGUGACUAUUCUGAGUGGCAAUUACUUCCAUUCCACAAGAUUUGUUUAUAUUCUCGGGACCGGAUGCGUCACCGUCUCAUUAUCUGUUUCGCGCGCAUGCGCAUCACCUCACUGUGCCCCCAUAAUAUCUAGAUAACACAAGAAAUCUUAACAGAAAAUACAUAAACUGAUUUGUGAUUAUCUUUACAGUGUAUCAGGCAACAACAACCCGAGUAUAGGGUAUCCUGGCCACGCCCAGCGGGCACCAUUACCCAGCUACCCUCAACAGGGGGGAUAUCCUACCUCUGGGCCAGUGGUGAUCGCUGAUCCACCUGAGCGUGACUGCAGCUACCACUGUUUUGCUUGUGACGGUGAAUACGAAUGGUACGAUCUCAGGGGAAAAGGUAAAACGCUUCUCUGCUAUGUGCCUGCCCCUAAAGACCAACCUUGAGCCAUUUUUUCGAGGUUCCUUUUGCAGUAAUGUUAAAGGGUUUAGAAGUUUCCUUUGAAAGGGUACAAUGACUUAUCUCAACAUAUCUUGAACAAAAACAAACUGAUAAACAAUUAAAUAUUACAGUAGACUUGAUCAGAUUUACUUCAGAAGUGACAUAAUUUUAAACUAAUAUUUCUGUGUCCUCCUGGUGCUCUAGGGUAUUUUGACAGUAAGGAAGGACAUUAUAAAACAGGAUUCAGGGAAGGAUUGCAGGAUUCUUACUUUUAGAUCCAGACGUUUAACGUUUUAGUUCCACAGACGAUAAAUUGUAAAUUAAAGCGUUAACAUAAACGUUCCUUGAUAUAACGCUUUUAUCAUUACAAACGAUCAACACAUUUGAAGUUUUUCAAUCUUUUUUCCUUUUUUUUUACCCACAGCAUCACACUUGCCGUUAGUUAGAUUUUAUGGUGCAUAAAAAAAUGGUGUCUGUCUGUCUGUCUGUCCGACAUGGUCCAUCCGUCAAACUGUCUGAUGUCUGUCUACCUGUCUUUUUGUCUGUCUAUGUGUUUGCAUUUUCUGACUCUCUGUCUGUCUGUCUGUCUCUUUGUUUGUCUCUUGAGUAGUCUGUCUGGCUGUUUGCCGGUAUGCCUAGCAUACGUAGCAAGCGUUUCCGCGCGAGUUCGUCAGGAACGUUGGCACGAGAGCAAAAAAAAAGGAAUGACGGGGGAGGGGGAGGGGAGGGGAGAGAAGGAAACGCUUGCCCGCAAACCCCACGAUUUUGAAAAACUGCGUUCGCCCACGAACGCAGCUUUUGAUUGGUGCGGUGCUGGUAGUGUUGAUUACUUAGCACUCGAAACAUCAAUCAAACCAGGUAUGUUUUGUUUACGUGCGUCGCAGAUCUGGUCUGAUCUUAUUUGUGGUCGCAGAUUACCAAUGCUUUGCUCUGAUAUUUAUUUGAAUCAUGUUUGUGCGAAGGUUUAUCAGAUCUGAGUCUCUUCGAUCAAAAGUAUAAUUGGAGAUCGAGCAGUGGAGACUAGUGAAGGUCAAUUUAUUGGGAAUUUAUUCGUGCGUAUCUGACUGGAAAAAGUGGACUGUUUGUUGAGAUAACAUCAACGUAAAUUAGAACAUCGGUACUAGACACUAACAAGAGCCGCCAUGGACAAGUGAUUGGAAAUUGAGCGGCAUGUAUUGAAGAGAACUUUUCGACACUGGCCAGCCUAUAGCAGCUAUAGAAAGGAACCGCUCUGCAAAACUCAUAGCCGGCGGAGUGAAUUGUUCCGGACAAAUCAUUUCUUUGCGAGGUUUUGACAAGUUUUCGGAUGAGAGAAAGCCACAUAACGUUCAAACAGUUUAACUUAACUGUAAAGAACAAGAAAUUCCGCAGCAAUCGCUUAGAGUUUCCACCUUCUUUUAUCGUUAAGCUUCUUUUUAUUACAGUUUUGCAAUCGCGUGGAGCGUGUUUUAGGGAACAAAGUAAAUUUUUCAAAUCUGGUCAUCUAUUCGUUAUCUAUCUUGACAAGCUGUCAAUUUACAAAUGAACCGAACCGUGAAAUAUCAAGGGGCGUUUUCCAUAAUCGUGGGGUUUGCGGGCAAGCGUUUCCUCUUCUCCACUCCCCCUCCCCCUUCCAUUUUGUUUGCUCCCGCUCCAACCUUCGCGCUACAACUCGACUGGAAACGCUUGCUACGCAGGCUACUGUAUGCCCGUCUGUAGGUAGGUAGACUAGGUAUGUAAGUAUUUAAGGGUGGGGGAUUCAGGGACGUUCAGUACUAGCAAAAACUGUUACACCCAAGAAGGCCUGGCACCCUUUUCACAUGUUUCGUCCUUAUGUCCCUCUCAUAGUAAUAAUCUUAUCAACUACUCUAAAACGUAGUCUAUGUUAGUUCCAUUUAUUGAGGUAAGAGUGUGUCCAAGGAUAGAGCUUUACCUUAUCAUUAAGACCACGAAAUUUUUUCGCAAUACUUUGCUUUUACUCGCCCAAAUAUUUCGCACCCGGUUAAUUUCUCCUUUCGCUCACAUUUCUUUGCCCCGUCCCCUCAAUCUGAACACCUGGAACAAGCUUUUAGCUCUGCAUUUAAAGAUGCUUCGUCUAAGAACUGCCUGAAAUCGAAGUAUUUUCUUUAUCAUUUUCAGGUAUUUGUUGGGUGCUACUACUUCUGCUGUUCUGGCUUCUCGUGGGCGCUAUUGUGAUACCACUCACCAUCCUGUACCUUGCAUUAAUUUGCUUGUGUGCUAUGUGUGGUGAUGACAAGUAACUGCCAAAUUGCAUCCUCCUUGCAGUACCACGUAGCACCUUAUUUUUGCACACUUUCGAUCUUAUUUAAACCUUAGAUGGGCGCCCGUUACAAAUUUUAUAAGCGCUAGAUCUUGAUCUUACAAGAAAGUAAGGGACUGUGAACAAUUUGUUAUCACUAGAAAUUAUUUUUGGGCAAUGAUUCUUUGCUAUGUAUUAUAUUGUAUUCAGACUCUCGCAUAUAUCGAUUGAGCCAAAAUAAGGCAACCAAUAUCUACUACGUUUCCAGUUUCAUCUUGCGUUUUUGUUAUUGUUUAUAAUGUUCUGUUCUCUGCUCCGACUUAUGUGGUCUGAAUUAUGCAGGUAUUCAGAAACGCAGGAAGUCCAACCGACCACAUAGCUAGGUAGCAAGGGUAGUGUAUGUCCGGGGGGGUACUCCGAAUCGAUGAUUGAUGAUCGAAGGCAGGAGCCCAUGACCCGGAGCGGGCGACUCCCAUACUAGACCUACGUCACCGCGUUUUAUGGACUGGUUUUGUUUUAGACACAUUUUAGGGCACUUUUUGCCCCGAAAAUGGAAUCUCCGUCACGUGUAUGAACGCAUUCGAAGUAUAAGAUAUCAAGAAGGAAAACGUAAUGUCAUUAAAAGCAAAAACUAUCCUUUUUAGGUCUGUAGGUUUUUCUGACUGGUUUGUGGGACUUUAUAUCCUAUAUUCUAAAUUUGACCCAAAACUGUUCUAAAAGUAAACUGGUCCGUGAAAACGCCAUGACACGAGCACCUGGAAGUUACUCGCUCUACGUUAUGGGAUCCUGUCCGAGGAUUUUUUGGGGUUUGAAAUUUUAGAUUCCGGGAUAUUUUUGGGGAGCUAAAUUUUGCAAGAAUUUUUUAGUGUGGCUUGAUUUAAGUAGGAUUUUUUCGGGUAUUCAAAACAAUAUGAAGAUUCAGAUGGUAUGAUGAAUAAACAAACAAACACAAACAGUCAAUUUGUAAUGUUCUUAUGUUUCGUGUUAUAUCAUUAAAUGCAUUCUGCAAAUUUUUAAGGCUUAGAAAUUCGCCAUGGAUUUUGGGGGGUUAAUUUUUGGUCCACGAAUUUUUUGGGGUUUUUCUUUUUCCCCCGUUUGAUCAUCCUCGUCACUUGAAAUCCGGAGUACCCCCCCGCCCCCCGCCCCCCGGAUGUAUGUGUCAGUUUUUAUAGCUGCACUGUGGAAAUGGAAGCGACAUGUGGGGUGC